GAGAGCAGGGGGAGGAGGGGCAGAGCCGGGUUUGGAACGCAGAGUAGCACACAGUGACACUCAGGAUUCCAAAUUCGAAUUCCGAGGAGCGAUCGAGGAUGUGAGUGUGGAGCAGGCGGCGCCGCUCGCCAUGCUGCUGCCGCCGUGAGGAGUCGCCGCCGUCGCUGCCCUCGGGCUGCUCCCUCAUCUUAUGCGCCUAGCGCUCGGGAAAGUCGCCAGGGCUCCCGGGACCGAACAGCUCCUUGUGGUCCCCUCUCUAACCAGCGGAUCAGCAGGUAGCUGAGUUCGAGGUCGUAAGGCAUCAGCUGUGAAUAGAAAGGGGACCCCCAUCUUCCACCGUGCACCUCCCUCCUCUCCGGGAGGAGGAGCAGCAGAGAGCAAGACAACGCAGGGAAACAGAGGCGGCUAGAAGGCGACCCCCACCGGAACAGUAAAAGCGAACCCCCCCACACCCCAGGGGCAACAGUGUCAGCACCAGGUAGAAGAAACCCCGUCCAGCAGCCACAGUGAGUGAAAAGCUAGGCGACCCCUGCCCAAAGGGGCAAUAGCACCAGAUCUGAGAGCCCCCUCUUCAGUACCAGUAGGGGGUGGUAGACGCAGCUAUACCCCUCUCCCACCCCCACCCCUUCCGUAACAGCAGGCAGCUCCAGCAGCCAGCUCCACCAUGUCCGCUGCGCAGGUGUCCUCGUCUCGGAGACAGUCAUGCUACCUGUGCGACCUACCCCGCAUGCCCUGGGCCAUGAUCUGGGACUUCACUGAGCCCGUGUGCCGGGGCUGCGUGAACUACGAGGGUGCCGACCGCAUAGAAUUUGUGAUCGAGACGGCUCGGCAGCUGAAGAGGGCGCAUGGCUGCUUCCAGGACGGCCGUUCCCCAGGCCCCCCGCCUCCUGUCGGGGUCAAGGCUGUGCCGCUCUCAGCCAAAGAAGCGGCCGCGGCGGCCCAACAGCAGCUCAACCAUGUGGACGCCUCCUCCAAAGCAGCUUCUGCCGGGCUUCCCCAGUCCAGCCUGGACCGCUACGGACUCAGUGCAGCUGAGCAGCGCAGCCGCUUUGAAUAUCCGCCGCCCCCGGGAAGCCUGGGCAGCAGCCACGCUGCCCGCCUGCCCAACGGGCUGGGCGGCCCCAAUGGUUUCCCUAAGCCGCCGGAGGACGGCCCCCCGGAGUUGAACCGCCAGAGCCCCAACUCAUCAUCCUCUUCCUCCUCCUCCCGCCGCGGGGCACACGGGGGCCUCGUGCCCGGCCUCCCCCCGGGGGCUGGCGGGGCCCAAAUGAACGUGCCGCCCAACCUGCUUCCACAGACUUUACUCAAUGGCCCCACAGCUUCUGGCGUGGCGCUACCUCCCCCGCACGGGGGGCUGAGCGGCCGCGGCGGGGGACCCCCAGCUUCCUCCGCAUCUUCCCAAGGGGGCACAUGUGGCGGUGGGGGUGGCAGCGGCUCGUCCUCCGAGGCCUGCGGGAAGCGACCAGGUUCGGUGUCCAGCAGCGAUCAGGAGCGGGAGCUAAAGGAGAAGCAGCGCAACGCGGAGGCGCUGGCCGAGUUGAGCGAGAGUCUGCGGAACCGGGCCGAGGAGUGGGCCAGCAAGCCCAAGAUCGUGCGGGACACGCUGCUUACCCUGGCCGGCUGCACCCCCUACGAGGUCCGCUUCAAGAAGGACCAUGCACUUCUCGGCCGCGUCUUCGCCUUCGAUGCAGUCUCUAAGCCCGGCAUGGACUAUGAGCUGAAGCUCUUCAUUGAGUACCCGAGCGGCUCAGGCACUGUCUUCUCCAGCGCCUCGGGGGUGGCCAAGCAGAUGUACCAGGACUGCAUGAAGGACUUUGGCCGCGGCCUCUCCUCCGGCUUCAAGUACCUGGAGUACGAGAAGAAACACGGCUCCGGCGACUGGCGGCUCCUGGGCGACCUGCUGCCUGAGUCUGUGCGUUUCUUCAAGGAGCUGGUGGGCGCGGACAUGCUGCCCCAGCCUUACCUGGACGCUAGCUGCCCCAUGCUCCCCACUGCCCUGGUGAGCCUGCCCCGGGGAGGAGCCGGAGUCGGCGGGGCGCAGGGGGCCGGGGCCGCUUCCAGGGGCCCCGGGGGAGGCGGUGGCGGCGGGGGAAUGCGCAAAAGGAAGGCGUCCCCGGAGCCCUCUGACUCGGCCGAGGGGGCCCUGAAGCUGAGUGACGAGCAGCAGCGGCAGCAGUGGAUGGCCAGCCAGAGCGAAGCACUUAAACUCACCAUGUCGGCUGGGGGCUUCGGGGCGGUGCACGGAGGGGGGCCCCCACCCCCACCCCCGCCGCCUCUGGGGCCUCACUCCAACCGGACCACCCCGCCCGAGUCGGCCCCUCAAAACGGACAGUCCCCUAUGGCCGCGCUCAUGUCGGUGGCCGACACACUGGGCAAUGCCCACUCGCCCAAGGAUGGCAGCUCGGUUCACUCCACCACUUCCACCCGCAGGAAUAGUAGCAGCCCGGUGUCCCCGGCCUCGGUGCCGGGCCAGCGUCGCUUGGCUUCCCGCAACGGGGAC